GUACGCGGAGACCCUCCUUCUCCUCAUCGUUACACGUUACUUCCCCUGAUUUCGAUUUUCUAGUCCUGUUGCGUAUCGGCCCAGUCAGCGCCGGUAUCACUAUCUAGUGGCAGUCUUGUCCUUCCUUUUGCUGGGCCGUUAUCGGUGGUGUAUCGUGUCACGUCAAGCAGAACUGCGAGGGCAACUCAAGGGUUUUGCGCAAUGGUCUCUCUAGGCUGCAUUGCAAAACGCGCAUUAGCGCUCGUUCUUUUCCUUCUUGUUGAUAUUGCAUAUGCUGCACCCGCACCCGGAUCCGCAGCAUCCUUCUAUGUUCCCAGCCUCCCAGGCUUGCGGCAAGAUCCCAAUCACCCGCUGCACAUCUAUGCCGGUCACUUGCCCUCGACUGUGCCCACCGGGCCACCGUCUAACGACAUACAACCACACUUGUAUUUUCUGAUGCUUAAGAACCGGCGGGUGGCUGACAAGGAGCGCGUCAUCAUCUGGUUCAAUGGUGGACCGGGAUGCUCCAGUUUUGACGGGGCGAUGAUGGAAGUUGGGCCGUGGAGAGUUGAUGGGCAAGGUGGACUGAAACUACUCACGAGUGGUGGAUGGGAAGAGUACGCGACGAUCAUAUAUCUUGAUCAGCCAGUUGGAACUGGGUUCUCGUACACAAGCACAGACCAAUACGUUCACGAGCUCGGAGAGGCUGCUAACCAAGUAAUUCGCUUCAUGCGCAACUUUUACGAUGUCUUUCCCGAGCUCGAAUUCAUGGACACGUGGAUUGCCGGAGAGAGUUUCGCAGGACAAUACAUCCCGUACUUCGCCGAUGCGUUCCUGAAGACCACUCUCAUUAAGGCACAACUGAAGGGCAUCACGAUUGGUAACGGCUGGAUAGACGGCCGGACGCAGUAUCCCGCCUACUAUGAGUUCGCGGUAAAGAACAAGAUGAUCAAGCCGGACAACGAAGCUCGGGUCAAAGUCGAGCUGGAUCGCUGCAUGGACUAUCUUAACGAGACGACUGUAGACGACGUUAACAUGGGCGAGUGCGAAGGUAUCAUGAGCGCGAUCACCAAAGGUCUGAUGCAAACCGUGAAUGGUAAGCAGGUUUGCCUGAACGUGUACGAUAUUCGAUUGGUGGACGACUUCCCUGCCUGUGGUAUGCAUUGGCCACCUGAUCUUGCUAGUGUUUACACCUACUUACGGCGUGACGACGUCAUCCAAGCGCUUCACGCAACAGCGAAGUCGGAAGCAUGGGUCGAGUGCAAUGGCCGCGUCGGCCAGCAGCUAACGCUCAUGAACUCGCCACCGUCCAUCACUCUCUUCCCACACAUCCUCUCGCAAAUUCCAAUCAUGCUCUUCGCUGGCGAUCAAGACUUCAUCUGCAACUAUAUUGGGAUGGAGAGAUUGAUUGAGGGAUUGACUUGGAACGGGGGAAAGGGUCUCGGAGACGCUGAGACAUUAGACUGGGAGGUCGAUGGUGCACAUGCCGGCUCGUGGGUCACUGCUCGCAAUCUCUCCUACGUCAAGCUGUCCGGAGCAUCACACAUGGUCGGCUUUGACGUACCCAAUGUGGCGCAUGAUAUGAUGCUGCGAUUCAUGGGUGUCGAUUUCCAUUCCUUAUCGGGUGGUUCUGCAAGCAUCCCCAGCAGUGUUGGCGGUGUGAGCAAGCCUGGCAUUUUCUUCGACGAUACAAAAAGCACUGGCUCUUCCUCUUCUGGUGGACGGACUUCCACCACAGACCCUGAUGUUUGGCGAUCAUACUACAAUUCGGGGACCAUGGUGCUCGUCUUCCUGCUGAUCAUUCUGGGUAUUGUACUGGUUGUCUAUGUCGCUCGUCGCCGGAGACGGUACGCCAUGCUGCCCAAGGCUGCCACGUACACGGACCAUGUGGAUUUGGAGGAGCGCAUACCACUGAGCAGCCAGACAGAUGCCGACGUAUCCUCAAGAGAACUAUUGAACGCGACACAAAAGGCGCCGAAUGGGGGUGACCUUACGCCCACACACCAGCCACGGACAGAGGCGAUAUUUGAUAUUGGUGAUGAGGAGGAAGACCAGACACCGCGCACGGCCCAGCAUUGAUUUUAUGAUAUCCAUGAAUCAUUAUAAACCUAAUCUU